AUGUCAGACACGAUCCCAUCUUACCCCGAAUAUACUCUGCGUCCUGUUGAACAACAAGAUGGCAUCGCUUACUAUAGUGCAACUAAUACUCGAGGAUAUUCUAUCCUCGACAGGAAUGGGAACCCCGUCCGCUUCCCAUUGCCACCGCUGCCUGUACGUGCAAAUGGCACAAGGGUCCCACCAGAUGCUGCCAUAGACAAGGGCAGCUCACAGGCGGAUGAUUCGGAAAGCUCGUCAAGAAAGGGCCCAGUUCCUCUUUGA